ACCAUCUUUAUCGGCGAUUCUUAUGAACGUCCUUAAGUUUAAUUAGGAUUAAAAAAAUGAAAAAUUGAUAUAAAUAUGAGGGACGUUUAUUUUGUCCUUUAACUAAGAUACGUCCUUCUCUUUGUCCUUCUCCCUUCACUUUCUUUCUUCUCCUUUUUUUUUGGAUUGUCAAUACGUUUCUCACAUCUGCAAUCUCGUUGAUCAGAGGAUUUUCCGAGCUUCAAAUAAACAAUCAUGGACACCGCUGGAAACAAAAACAUCAACGCCAAAUUGGUUAAUUUUUUUUCUGUUUUUGGUUUGCUGAUUCUUUUAUUAAUUAAGCUGUAGAUUCUUUCUGGGAUCCUUUUGUUUGAUCUUGAAUUCGACUGAAUUCCAAUUUGGGAAAUUGUUCUUCUUCCGAUCUCAGAGUUUUGUAGAUUGCAUGUUUCAUCAGUAUAAAGGUAGGGUUUGAAGUAAAGGUUGUAUUUUUUCAUGGAUUAUCCAAUAUGAUAGCUUUACUUUAUCAAUGGUUGUUUGCGUUUAGCUACUCUGCCGUCGAAUUGGAGAAAAACAUAUCUUCUUUUUUUGUUUGUCUCUCUGCUCAUUUCACACCCAGUUUUAAACGGUAGCUGUUGUCCGAUCUCUAUCCAUCCUCUAGCACUGUGUCUUUUCUUGUAAAGCACUCUCUGUUUUUAGAUUCACACCCUCUUUUUUUGUUCUUUCUCUUUGACUUGUGUAAAACCCUGAGAACAAGAAGUGUAUAAACAGAGAUAGAUGUCUAUAUAAUUGAGAAAGAAAGAAAAAGGAGUUUGGCUUUUAAUAUUGUUUGUUGGUAUGGGGCUUUGCUGGUCUUCUUCAUCUAAAUCUCCUUCAACAACAACAACAACACCUACCACUACUGGUAAUAUCAGUUCAGGUCCGUUUAAGUCAACGACUACAGAAACAUCAAGAAGUAACAUAUCUAGUACUAGUGGAUUCUCUGCUGGAAGUGGUGGAGAUGCUUGCCCUAAGGGUCAGAUACUUCCCGUUCCGAACUUGAGGAUAGUUUAUACCGUUGCUGCGGUGCUUUUGAGGUCAAGGGCAGAACAUGGAAGGUCACAAUUGAUUGUAUCUUUACGGGAUUACAACAAACGAGGCCAACUGUGUUGUACUUUACGGUUCUAGUUACCAUGGGUAUAAGACCGUAUCAUGGGUGGUGUUGGUACUCUUAUCAGGUUGCAGCAAAAAAUGAAGUCCUUUCAUGGUAUUGAAACUUACUGUUAUUACAUCAAAAGUUUACUGGUUAAAUCAUACUGUAUCUUGUAGGAAAAAUAUUGAAACUUUUGAAUUUCAAUUGUAUUGUGAAAGCUC